AUGUUUUCAAUUAGUGCCAGAAUUAAGCAUGGUCAAUUUACUAACACAAUAUAUACCUGGAUAAAAGAUGGAAAUUAUAAAGAAGUCAUUGGUUUUCUGAGCGAACAAAUUGCUGCAAAUCCUAAUUCAAGGGCCGGUCUAUCACUACUGGCCUAUUGUUACUAUUAUUUACGUGAUUUUGUUAGUGCCGCCAAUUGUUACGAACAAUUAGUUCAGUAUUAUCCCGAUGUUGAACAAUACCAUAUAAAUUAUACGCAAUCCCUAUAUCAGGCCUCUCUAUAUGAGGAGGCAAUGAAAGCGUCGUUUAAAAUUGAAGAGAAGUUUGGGUCAAAUAGUCAAACAAUUAAAUUACAGACAGCUAUCAAAUAUUGUGAGGACGAUGUGUCUGCUGCUAAAAGUCUUGUGGAUCAGAUUAGUAAUGAUGAUCCGGACAAAGAGGUCAACAUGGCUUGUAUUUUGUAUAAACAGGACAAAUAUGAUGAGUCUAUUACUAAGUUUAACACAUGUUUGCAACUCAAUGGCUUUCAACCCGAUAUAUGCUAUAAUAUAGCUCUAUGUCAUUAUAGACUUAAACAAUACCCAAACGCAUUGAAACACAUCGCGGAUAUUAUUGAAAAGGGUAUUAGAGAGCACCCGGAGCUUAGCGUUGGAAUGACAACUGAAGGCAUUGAAAUGAGAAGUGUUGGAAAUACAUUAACACUUCAUGAGACGGCAUUAGUGGAAGCAUUUAAUUUGAAAGCCGCCAUCGAGUAUCAACUAAAGAACUACGAGUCAGCACUGGAAGCGUUGACUGAUAUGCCUCCCCGUUCUGAGGAAGAGUUAGAUGCCGUCACUCUUCAUAAUCAGGCGCUCAUGUCUAUGGAAACGGAUCCAACUGAAGGUUUUGAAAAACUACAGUUCCUAAUUCAACAAAAUCCAUUUCCUCCUGAAACGUUUGCCAACCUAUUGCUACUCUAUUGUAAGUACGAAUACUAUGAUUUGGCCGCCGAUGUCAUGGCUGAGAACAUACACUUCACAUAUAAGUAUUUGAGUCAAUAUUUAUAUGAAUUUCUGGACGCCGUUAUCACACAACAAACAUCACCGGAGGACGCGUACAGAAAGUUUGAUGAGAUGUCAUCAAAACAUACAGAUUCACUGCGCAAACUAAUCAAACAAAUACAAGAAGCAAAACAAUCACAAAAUGAAGAGGCAGUUAAAAAGCUAACCAAUAACUACAACAACACACUUGAACUCUAUCUACCGGUGCUUAUGGCACAGGCAAAGAUUUAUUGGGAUAUAGAGUACUACACGCAAGUGGAAAAGGUCUUCAGAAAGUCUGUUGAGUUUUGCAAUGACUUUGAUGUCUGGAAACUCAAUGUAGCGCACGUCCUAUUCAUGCAGGAAAAUAAGUUCAAAGAGGCGACAGGUUUUUAUGAGCCAUUAGUGAAAAAAAGUUACGACAAUAUAUUGAAUGUGAGUGCAAUAGUUUUGGCCAAUUUGUGUGUGUCUUACAUAAUGACUGGACUUAAUGAAGACGCAGAAGAAUUGAUGCGAAAGAUAGAGAAAGAAGAGGAACAGUUGGCGUAUUCAGAGCCAAACAAAAAGAUAUUUCACUUAUGUAUUGUCAAUCUAGUGAUCGGAACCCUGUAUUGUGCGAAAGGCAACUACGAGUUUGGUAUUUCCCGAGUCAUUAAAAGUCUGGAGCCGUACAGCAAAAAACUGGGUACCGAUACCUGGUUUUACGCUAAACGCUGUUUCCUAUCGCUAUUGGAAAACCUAUCGAAACAAGUUAUCUGUGUUCGCGACUCUAUAAUCCAGGAAUGCCUACAAUUUCUGACCCAUUGUGAAGAACAUGGAAACAAUAUUAAGACUAUAGUCGAGGCACCGCUUGAAUUGGAAACAUUAAAUCCCGCAAAAAAUUGUGUCACUUAUGAGGCAAGACUUCUUAAGGCACUACUUAUUAAUAUUACUUCUUAA